CUCUUAUCGAGGAAAGGAAAAAAGAGUCCCCAAUAGAUCCGCGAAAAGUGUUAAGUUUCCGUCCGGACCCUGCCGGAACGAUACGUACAACACGGAGUAUACGAAUACUGCAUGGCGCUGCAUCGACGUGUGUGUAGGUCUAGCGAGGUCGAGAAUGUUCGCUUGUGCCCCGCAGUGAUAGCAUGCAGUGGAACAGGGUUCAAAGACUGCCCCUCAAAUCAUGAGAUUCAGGGUCCUGCUGCAAGCGAUGGCUUGCAUGCAAUGGCCGCGGAUUAUUGGCCCGACAGCUGCUUCGACAAUGGUCACUACGUCAUAGGCACUCUGCCCGCGGCCAAGUUCAUCACAACUUUCAUGGUUUUGGCCCUUUCCGUCGCUGCUGUCUGCGACAGGGUCACGCGUCGCCUCGCCUCGCAUUAUCAACCUCACCCAUCAUGCCACUCGCUCCAGUCGUUCAAGAGCCGAGAGCAACAGCAACAGCUGCAGGAGGGAGUAACAGCAAUAGUUGCAGGAGGCCUCAACCCGAACUCUUUCACCUAAAAGUCAAGGGUAGUUGGUGGCUGACUGGUCCCUAAAACGGGUUCCAACUCUAUUGGCCUGCCUUGUAUGGUAGAUCUAGUGUAUAUGGGAGAAUAUGAACUCUUCGGGCCGCUCCCAACCCCUGCCCUGGUGUAUUGUACGCUACCGGUAAGUACCUCU